CAAACUAUGAACGAAAUAAUCAUCCUAAGCGAGGGUUACUCGAAGUACGAGGUGGAGGUCCCGAAGCCCGACGAUCCGAUGCUGGCCAACUGCACCUGCACCCUGAUCAAAGGCCCCGAUUGCAACGUCAUCGUCGACACGAUGACACCUUGGGAUGGCGAUCUGCUUUUGCAGCGACUGCAGGAGCAUCAGCUGCAUCCGGACGACAUCGACUACGUCGUGAGCACACAUGGACAUUCCGACCAUCUGGGGAAUAAUAACCUUUUCCUGCGGGCGAAGCGGCACAUCGUUGGCACUAAUAUUUCCCACCGGAAUCGUUACUACGUCCAUGAUUUCGACGCCGCUCCAUUCCCACUAACAGAUGACAUCGAAAUUCAGGCCACACCGGGCCACACCAUGUCCUGCGUGUCGGUGCUGGUAGCACGGAACAAUCUCUCUACCCCGGCCGGACUACCGGUGGCAAUAGUGGGCGAUCUGUUCGAACGUCAGCAGGACAUCGAUGAUGACCGGCUGUGGCUUGAUGCUGGCAGUGAGGACCCUGGCGCUCAACGGUUCCAUCGCGCGCGUAUUGCCAAUCUGGCCGAUUGGAUCAUACCGGGACACGGUGGACUGUUCCGUGUGGAUGCAACGAUACGCGACAAGUUAAAACAUCAGUCAGCGGCAGCAUCCAGCGGCGGCCCAGUGGAAAGUGUUAUGUAA